CUUUGCUAGAAAAUAUUUGGUAACUGUGUGAGGGUCUCCUGCUUUUACAGCUCCACAAUGGAUGACUGGGACGAGAGUGAUGAACUUAUCCAGAAACUGGAUUUUUCCAGCUGCGCUGAAGAGAAUGAGAUGGAAGAGGACAGUAGUAUACAAGAAGAGGCUCCCCAAAGUUCAAGCCCCCAGAAGAGCUGGGAUUUUCAGAGAUGGAGAGUUAACAGUCCUCUUGCAGUAACCCCCAAAAGAAAAGUCGGUGAUGUGUCUCUGACUCGUACUAAAACAUGGGUGAGUCCCACUGUGGACUCUGCUUCAUCCUUGAGAAAGACUGCUGGUCCUGCCUGGGAAUGUCCUGGGACUCCACUGCAUUACGUCACCUGGAGAAAACUGCAGCUGUGUGACACCCCGCACACUCCCAAGAGUCUCUUAACAAAGACUGCUUUUCCUUCAACCGUGGGAAAAUUCCCCUCCAAAGGUCCCCGGCACUUGAGAUUUACUCCUGGUGCUGAUCCAGAUGAUUCUUCCCAGGCUUCGCUGGUCAACAUUAACCCAUUUACACCAGAGUCAUAUCGACAGAUGCUCUUCCCUCCCAAUGGCAAAAGGAAAGCUAGAGGAGAGCUGGGAGAUCCCACUCUAAACGGGGGCAAGGUGGAGCAGGGGCUGCCAGCCAAGAGAUUUCUCUUGAGAGAGAGCAACAUGGUUUCCCGCUACAAGAAGGAAUUCCUGGAGCUAGAAAAAAUUGGGGUAGGAGAAUUUGGCUCUGUCUACAAGUGUAUCAAACGCCUAGAUGGAUGUGUGUAUGCUAUCAAGCGCUCGAAGAGGCCUCUGGCAGGAUCCUCAGAUGAGCAAAUGGCAUUGCGGGAAGUCUAUGCCCAUGCAGUGCUUGGACACCAUCCCCAUGUUGUGCGCUACUACUCUGCUUGGGCAGAGGAUGAUCACAUGAUCAUUCAGAAUGAACACUGCAAUGGUGGGAGCCUGCAAGAUGCGCUGUUGGAAAAUGCUAAGACUGGGCGCUAUUUCCAAGAAGCAGAGUUAAAGGAGAUCCUGCUGCAAGUUUCCAUGGGGCUAAAGUACAUACACAGCUCUGGCCUGGCACACAUGGACAUCAAACCUAGUAACAUCUUCAUCUGUCACAAGCUGGUGACUGAUGGCUCCGCUGCUCAGGAAGAGAGCGACAGUGAAGAUGAUGGGUUCUCUUCCAAUGUGGCAUAUAAAAUUGGUGACCUGGGCCAUGUGACAUCAAUAACUAAUCCCCAAGUGGAGGAGGGAGACAGUCGUUUUCUGGCCAAUGAGAUUCUGCAAGAGCAAUACUGCUAUCUGCCAAAGGCAGACAUCUUUGCCCUGGCAUUAACAAUGGCUCUAGCAGCAGGGUCAGGACCAUUGCCUCGCAAUGAUGCCAUGUGGCACCAUAUCCGCAGGGGCAACCUUCCACCAAUCCCUCAGCAGCUCACACAUGGCUUUCAUGGACUCCUUAAGCUCAUGGUUCACCCUGACCCAGUUGCAAGACCAUCCGCCACGGCUCUUACUAAACACCCAAUUCUUCGGCCCUCUCUUGGAAAAGCUGCACAGCUCCAGAAGCAGCUAAAUGUGGAGAAGUUUAAGACUGCCAUGCUGGAAAGGGAACUGAGAGCAGCCCGUCUUGCUCAGACCUUCAGGAAGGACCAGUCCUUGGGAUGUGCCAGACUAGAGUCUGAAACCUCUUCCAAACAGAACUGCAACAAGCGCCUGGUAGGAGGGAAGAAUUCUCGCUCAUUCAGCUUUACAUGGGGGGGUUACUGAAAAACCCAUCAUCCAAACUGUUCAGGCUGACAAGUGUCCCUGUGGAAGCAGAAGACCCAUACAGACCAAAGUGCCAUGCUAAAACUCCCUGGAGUAGUUCUUGCCUACUCCUCAUUCAUACAACUUCAUGCUGUCAUGACUGGAAGUGCUAGUGUACAAAUGUCUGAGACCUUCUCCACCCAAUAUAAACUACAAUUCUUCAGUCUUGUAUCUCUUAAACCAGUUAUUUCCGAUGCAAUGGGCUGGCUGACCUAUGUGUUAGUUUUGGUUGUAUUCUAGGCUAGGAAUAGUUUGAUUCCCUUCUUCUUUCAUGCAGCUA